AUGGACGACCUAACGUCUCCCAAAACCUCAGAUGCUUCCACAUCCUCCUCCUCCUCCUCUUUGUCGAGUGUCGGAGGUUUUGUGGACUUUACUUUCACGCAGGAGCCUCAGGACACUGUGACGGUGCGAGGCGGCGUCCUGCAGCUCGACUGCCAGGCGCAGUCUGACGCAGUGACGGGACCUCUCACCAUUACCUGGCGUAAAGAUGGCGUCCUGCUGAGCGCCGUGGUGGACGAGCGGCGGCGGCAGCUGGCUAACGGCUCAUUGCUGGUGCAGAAUGUGGUGCACUCGCGGCAUCACCGGCCGGACGAGGGGGUGUACCAGUGCCUCGCCACGCUGGACGGACUGGGGAGCAUUGUGAGUCAGACCGCCAAGGUGACUGUGGCCGGACCUCUGAAGGUGAUUGUCCCCACCGAGUCGGUGUCCUCAUACCUGGGGGACACAGCCCUUCUACGCUGUGAGGUCUCCGGCGACCCCACACCCAUCAUCCGCUGGCAGAAGAACCGGGAGGAGCUGCCGGGGGCCUUUGAGCCAGACUCCCGUCUGGCGGUGCUGCCGUCCGGCUCGCUGCAGGUCAGCCGGGUCCAGCCGCCGGACUCAGCCACUUACCGCUGUCUGGCCGACAACCCGGGCAGCACCAGGACCGGGUCGGACGCCGAGCUGCGAGUGCUCCCAGAACCUGGGCUGAGCAGGAACCUCCAGUUCCUCCAGCGUCCAUCCAGAGUCAUGUCUCUGCUGGGAACCGAUGCUGUGCUGGAAUGUUCUGCCUCUGGAUACCCGACUCCAAGCAUCCAGUGGAGGAGAGGAGAGGAGCUGAUCCACACCUGGAAUAAGAAGUACUCCCUGCUGGCGGGCAGUAAUCUGAUCAUCAGGAGCGUCACUGACGAUGACUCUGGCAGCUACAGCUGUUCUGCUUCCAACAAGAACCACAACAUCACUGCACACACAGAGCUCAGCGUGCUCGUGCCUCCACAGUUCCUGAACUACCCAACCAACACGUAUGCGUACGAGUCCACCGACAUUGAGCUGGAGUGUGCCGUGACGGGAAACCCUCAGCCGACAGUCCGCUGGAUGAAGAACGGAGAGGAAGUCAUCCCCAGCGACUACUUCAAGAUUGUGGACGGCAGCAACCUGCAGAUUCUGGGUUUGGUCAAAUCAGAUGAAGGAUUUUAUCAGUGUGUCGCUGAAAACUCAGCCGGCCGCUCACAGGCCAUGGCUCAGCUGCUGCUGCGAGAUCCAGGAAACAGAGGAAAUGUGUCCCCAGGCGUUGUCCUCCCCUCUGCCCCCCGCGACCUGGUCCCUGUCCUAGUGUCCAGCCGAUUUGUCCGACUCAGCUGGCGCCCCCCAGAGGACACGGGACGAGCUGUGCAGACCUACGGUGUUUAUUAUUCCCAGGACGGAGUCGAGAGGGAGCGGUCGGUGAACGUGUCGGAGCCGGAGUCUUUGGACCUGACGGUUUCUAAUCUGAAACCAGACGAGAGCUACAGCUUCCGAGUCGUGGCGUAUAACGACGUGGGACCAGGAGAGAGCUCCGCCCCCCUGAGGAUCACCACCAAACCCGACCUCCAGGUCCCCAGCCGGGUGGAGUCCCUCCGAGUGGAGGCUCUGUCCCCGGCCUCCCUCCAGGUGAGCUGGGAACCUCCCGUCCAACCAAACGGCCCCGUGCUCGGCUACAGGCUGAUGUGGAGCGAGAGUCCGUUCGACAAGGAGCAGAGUGUGGAGGUAGACGGGCUCAACUACAAAAUGGAGGAACUCCAUAAGUUCACCGAUUACACCGUCCGUGUUCUGGCCAUCAACCGCUACGGGUCAGGCCCAGCCUCCGAGGCCGUGAGCGUCACCACCCAAUCAGAUGUUCCCAGCGCUCCUCCUCAGAACAUCACAUUAGAGGUCGUCCUGUCCAGGAGCAUCAAGGUGUCAUGGCAGCCGCCUCUGCGCGGCGCCCAGAACGGCAUCAUCAGCGCCUACAAGAUCAAAUACAGGAAGACGGGUCGGCGUGGAGACCAAGAGGCCAUUGAACCCAACAACUUCUGGUUCCUGUUCACAGGUUUGGAGAAGGGCAGUCAGUACAGUUUCCAGGUCGCAGCCAUGACGGCCAAUGGAACAGGACCAGCAAGCGACUGGUUCACUGCUGAGACACCCGAAAACGACCUGGAUGAGAGUCAGGUACCCGACCAGCCGAGCUCUCUGCAUGUCAGGCCGCUGCCCAACAGCAUCAUCAUGUCCUGGACUCCGCCCCUCAGCCCCAACAUCCUGGUCCGAGGUUACAUCAUCGGCUACGGAGUGGGAAGUCCUUAUGCGGAGACGGUCCGGGUGGACAGCAAGCAGAGAUACUUCUCCAUCGAAAACCUGGAGCCGAGCUCGCACUAUGUGAUUUCCCUGAAGGCGUUCAAUAACGCUGGAGAGGGAGUUCCCCUUUAUGAGAGCGCCGUCACUCGAUCUCUGACAGACCCCAUAGACCCAUCCGAGGAUGACCUUUUCCAUCUCUUUGAUAAAUACCCCACUCCCAUGCCAGACACCAGCACUCCCAUGAUUCCCCCAGUGGGGGUCCAAGCUGUGGCUCUGUCCUCAGACUCCGUCCGGGUGUCCUGGGCAGACAACUCCAUGACCAAGAACCAGAAGUCGUCUGAGGUCCGGUUCUACUCCGUCAAGUGGAAGACCAGCUACUCCACCAGCGGAAAGUACAAGUCGGCAGACACCACGGCGCUCAGCCACACCGUCGCCGGCCUCAAACCAAACACCAUGUACGAGUUUGCUGUCAUGGUGACCAAAGGCCGCAAGUCCAGCACAUGGAGUAUGACGGCACACGCCACGACAUACGAAGCAGCUCCUAGCUCCGCCCCCAAAGACUUGACGGUGAUCAGUCGCGAAGGACGACCCCGCGCCAUUUUAAUCAGCUGGCAACCGCCGAUGGAGGCGAACGGACGAAUCACAGGUUACAUCCUGUACUACACGUUGGAUAAGAACAUGCCGAUAGACGACUGGGUGAUGGAGGCGAUCAGCGGCGACCGGCUGACUCACCAGGUCGUCGACCUGAACCUCGACACGGUUUAUUACUUCAGGAUUCAGGCCAAGAACGCCAAAGGGGUCGGCCCGCUGUCCGAGCCCGUCCACUUCCGGACGGCCAAAGUGGAGCAUCCAGACAAGAUGGCCAAUGAUCAAGGUCGCGGAGGAGAACACACCUACUGGCCGUCUGACACCAACCUCAUCGACAAGAGCAGCAUCAACGAGUCUCCCAUUGGUCAGAUGCGUCCACCUCACGGCAGCGCCACGCCACAGAAGAACGGCAACCUUCUGGUCCUCAUCGUGGUUUCCGUGGGAGCCGUCACAGUCGUUGUGGUCGUCAUCGUCGCACUAAUCUGCACCAGGCGCUCCUCGGCUAAACAGAGGAAGAAGAGAGCGAGUACCAGUGCCAGUAAGAGGAAGGGCAGCCAGAAGGACCUGCGACCUCCUGACCUCUGGAUCCACCAUGAGGAGAUGGAGAUGAAGAACAUGGAGAAGGCGCCGAGCGUCGCCCCAUCGGCACGUGACUCGCCCAUCCAGUCCUGCCAGGACCUCCCCCAGGUCGCACACAGCCAAUCAGAGAGCCAGAUUGGCAGCAAGAGCAGCCAUUCAGGAGUGGACGGAGAUGAUGCCUCCAUCUGUAUCUCGACUCUGGAGCGCUCCCUGGCUGCCAGGAGGGGAACCCGAGGGAAAAUGAUGAUUCCUAUGGACUCACAACCAAGUAACACACCGGUUGUUAGUUCGAUCCCGGGGCCAGCUCUGGACUCGUCUCAGUAUCCUGGUAUCCUGCCUUCACCUUCCUGCAGCUUCUCACACAACAAGUUCAGCCUGAGACCGAUGCCUUUCUCCAGCCUGACGGUGGACAGAGGUUACACACCAGCGAUGCCCUCGGAGAUCUGCACCAAUCCUCUCCUCCAGCAGCAGCCUCCGCCACAGCCGGCCCCUCCCCUCCUUCCAGGCUCCUCCGCCCUGCUGGUUGAGCACACUCCUGUGGUCGGUCCAGUUCCGGGCGCUCCGACUUCAGCUGCAGCCUCUGAGGAGGUCCAGGCAACGAAUGCUCGGACCAUCCCAACGGCCUGUGUGCGGCCCACGCACCCGCUACGAAGUUUCACCAACCCACUGCUGCCACCACCAAUGGGGACCAUCGAUCCUAAGGUGUACACAUCCAUGCUUCCGCAGAACAGUGCUAGCCUCCCGAAGCCCCAGGUGAAGACAGCCUCUCUGGGUCAGGCGGGUAAGGCUCGAUCGCCUCUCCUGCCUGUCUCGGUCCCGAUGGCGCCAGACUUCCUAGAAGAUGGAGAAACCAAACCCGGCGAGGAUUCAGCUGCCAACGUUUACGAGCAGGACGAUCUGUCUGAGCAGAUGGCCAGUCUAGAGGGACUGAUGAAGCAGCUCAAUGCUAUUACUGGUUCAGCCUUCUAACCUUUGACCCCUGCCAGGCCCUGCCCUAGGUCAUAGUCCAGUCUGGAACCCUUCUUCAAGCCUGGAUGUCACCUGCUGUCUUUUUGCUAGCAGCAAUGGGUCAAUCUAGGUUUGAAAAGAUCUCUGUGGAACCUGCCUCUCUGCUUGGUGGAGUUUGUUGGGUUUCUACUGGUCUGGGCUUGUGUCUGCUGUUUGGGACUGAGAUUGGACAAAAGGAAACACAGAAUAAACUCUACAGCGGCAAAACAUGAACUGACAGAACAGGAAAAGGAUCGAAGGGCUUCUUUAGGAGUUCAAACUGAAACCCCUUGAAAGACCCUUCGACCUCAAUCACAAAACUAGAAAAACCCAGGAGGAAAGAAUUUUCACAAAAAAAGAAGAGACAUUUAUAUGAGCCCUCCUGUUCCUCUUCUUUGUGGUAUCCAUUAGCGUCCUCCUCAGCUGAGUUCUGCACAACUCUGUUACAGUGACUAUACAUAACUUAUUUUUCGUUACUGUUGGAAGUACUCCUAUUUUCAACACUUUUCUUUUGGGUACUUCCUCUUUGUGCAGUUACAGGAUGUGUAUAUAUAUUUUUUUAAAGUACCAGGGCCUACAUUAUGAAAGAACGAACACAUCCUCAGCCACCAAAGUUUCAACAAACUUAAAAUGUUUCUUACCUGGAUCCAAGGAUGUCUGUUGAGGUCAUGUGUGAGGAUCCUUACUGGCAUUUCUUGGCCAUAUGUUGUUCCACUCUUGGAGUGGACAGUUUGAUCUCAUUGAAUCAUCCAUCAUUCAUACCUCAUGCAGCCCUUCCAAAUCUGAAUCCUGAGGUUAAAAGAGUAUUUUAACCUUUUGUACUUGUCUGAAUCAUCUGGCUCAGGAUUUAUCUGAACCUCUAUAGACUCCCACAAUCUUGCUGUACUUUAUUCUCCUUACCCCGGAUUCAAACGCCAUGUGUUGUGUUGUUGCCAAAUUCACAUAAUGGAAAACUUCUUGUGACUUUCUUUUUUUUGCUCCUUGUUGAAGUCUGUCUCACCCCCAUACAUAAAAUGUUGAAAGAUAUCUGGAUUUUGAUUGGAUGAAACCACCCCUUUUUGAACAAAUGAAGGUUUGGCUUAGGAUGGUACUAAGAAACCUUGUUCUGCCAAGUUGAACUAUGUGUACGUCACGUUAAGUCCAUGGCCACCCCCUGCUGGCUGGAGUGUGGAAGUGCAUGCUGCUUUGACUAUGAAGGAGCAUUUUAUGAGGUAAGGUUUUUUCAUAGUAAUAGAUUUUGAGUGCCAUCAAAAUACAUCAUGUAGAGAAAGAGAUAGAAAAUGAAACCUCCCAGGUGAGAGUUUUGUCUUAUUUGAGAAUUUAAAACAUACCACAGAUACUACAGUGUGAUUGACAGAUAGUAACUUGCCAUCAAGUCAGGCUCCAGCCCCCACCCCUCCUCUAAAUAUGAUUAUUUCUGGUUAUAAAAAAGCAAGAUGAGUAGGAUAGAAUGUUAAUCUAGAGGCAGCUGUGUCAGUCUAUAACUAGCAAGACACUUGUAUUGCAGUUGGAACGCUGGGGGUGAGAUCAGGUCCGGUCUUGUAAAUGCAAUGAUAGGUAAAGCUCUCAGCUAAACCUCCAUGCAAAAAUAUUAAGAGACAGAGAAGCUAACAAUUACCACUUUUGGCACAGACUGGAGCAUAAUCAUAAUCAAGUGCUAAAAACAAGUGAACUGGACUUGGUUGAGCAUCUUGAAGACAUUUCACUUCUCAUCCAAGAGGCUUCUUCAGUUCUGAUGUUGGAAUCUCAGGUAAUUAACUUGUACCAUCGUUAGGAAUCCUUGAGUUUUACUGAGAUCCUGGACCCACAAUGCUGUUGGUUUCACUAUAUUGUACAUGUUGACUGUGAAGGAUUACAAAUACGUAUAUGUAUUCUUCACAAUCCACUCAGGUUCUGUUGGAUUGUUUGAGGGUCUCAGGUCUGUGUCAGCUGUUAAAACUCAAACAUACUUUUUAACCACAUUAGGGCUGUCUGUUCCUUUUUCCAAAAUCUAGUUCAGAUAAAUAUUUCAUGUCAUGCAUUAGUUCAAAUUCAUACAUCUGAUGGCCAUAUGUCCUUUUAGACAGAUUGUUUCAAAUUUGCAGAGAUUAGGCACUGCUUGAACAUUAACUUUUCAGCCCAUGCGUGAAUGAAUGUUCAAGUUUCCCAGGAAAAGUGCCCUAAUCCACAUUGAAAUGAAAGUUACUUCCAAGUCUCUGCAAUAAAGAACUAACCUGAAACCACAGGCUGCCUGGAAGGAAAAGGACUUGAUUCAUAAAAGUGAAACAGGCCCUUGAAAACAAUCAGCAGGGCUGGAGAGUGUGAUUCAUAUGAUUGUGCCUCUUGGUUUGCUGUUUACACGAGAGAGAACUGACCAUGUCUUAAAACCUUUAAGCAGUGAAGUCACAUUUAUAUUAAUCUUGUAAUUCAACGGCAUUUCCAUACAGCUGCCAGAAAAUCAGGUCAUGUUAAGAUCCUGAUGAUCCCAGUUUGCGCCUGUAGUUCCACAUCAUUCAUCUGGACAGAUGUUUUUAAAAUGUAGACACAUACGCAUAUAUAUAAACUUUCAGUGCCAACAUCCUGCGUGUCAGACGUGUCAAUCAUCAUGACCUGUUUACCCUCUUGAUUUUUUGUUGCCAGCGAAAUGAAAGUCCACGUGCCUUUACUUUUCACCACUGAAUUAUUUUUCUUCUCCUGUUUUUAGUAAGUUUAUUAGAAGUCUUUGUUAAAUGUUAGAAUGCUCCGUGUGAUGUUAAUUUGUUCUUCUUGCACGGCCAUUACAAACGGAACAGAUGAGAGGGUUGACUCAGCUGAGGGCUUUUCCCGAAAAGCAUUGUUUCUCUUUUGAACUGUGAGACUUUAAAGAAAAGCGGUUCUGUCACUUCAGCAGCGCAGAUGCAACGUUUCAGUAGCUGCCUGGAAACGAAGACACAUCAGAGGCUUGAUGCCGGGGCUCGUCCUGUUGCCAGUAUCACAGAAAACAGUCUCUCAAAACAUCUCAGGAGGGAAAUCCCCCCACAACAAAAACAUAUCCAUCCUAACAAGUCUCCCAGUUAACGUAAUGGAUGGCAAAAGGUUUUUGUUACUUGAGAGAAUUCAUCUCACUUCUCCUGAUGUUGAUGAUUUAACAGAAAUGUGUCAAAAUAAUAUUAAAGCAACACAAUGCAAACUUUUAAACAGCUUCAACAUUUCUUAGAUCAUCACAUUAAUUCCGACUCCUGUCCCAAAACAUCUGUUCUUACUCAAUGUAACGCUGGUUCGAGGGAUUUAUCAUCACAUCAUCCUUUCUCAUUUUUAAUGGAAGGAAAAGUUCUUGGUUUCUAAACUAAAUAAAACUUUCUGUUGGUCCAAAUAUAAUUUAUGUUAUUUAAAAAAAGCAUAGUUUUCUUCUUAAUUUAAAACCAACAAGAAGAGAACUUCAGACAUCUUUCUUCUUCUUUAGGCAGAGGUCAUAUCUGUGUCACUGAUCAGAUAGUAAUUGGUGGAUGAGCUCUGUCAUCUGUCAUAAAAAUCAAGUUAAGUUAUUACUGGAAAGGUCCAGUAAUACUGGUUAUAAAAAUCUUAAUCAUUCACUUCAAAUUAUUCUGUGUCAAUUCGUCAACUAUAAGCCCAAAAUGUGAACAUUCAGGAAAGCAGUAUUAGGGGAACCUUAAGAAAGUGGUUUUCUUUUUUAACAGUUCAACCUUUCACUCUAAUUCAGAAACAAAUGUCUCAUAUCUGUUUCUUUUCAUUCUCGUGUUUUUGACCCUUACACUGUCGGCUCUGCAUUUUUUUGUAUGUAUUUUACUGUGGAAAAAAGCAUUGCUGCAGCAGAACUACAUUAAAGAGAACUGCUUUUUUACAAUGUACAGUCCGAAUAGGCUAGUAGUAAGUUUUUAUAAUCAAAUUUAAUAUAUUAUUAUCAUUAUUAUUAUUACUUAAUUUGAGUGCUCUUUAAAACUUUUAUUUAUAACCAUGUGAUGAUAUUUCUGCAGAUGUAAAUUUAGUUUAGCGAAGAACAAAAAUGAAGAUAUUUCUUUUUCUUAAACGGUUUCAGUAUUUUUUAUAAUGUUGUGGGGAAAUUAUUUAUAUUUCAUUAUGAAAGUGAUAAAUUCCCAUAUAAAUGGUUCGGCAGCAUAUUGUGUCUGUCUGAGGACACAGUCACCACCACUUUCCGUUUGUUGUCUAAACUGUGUAAAUUGACCUCACCUAUGCAGUUUUUAUUUUAUAGCGGUAUCUGUAUCAAAAGGGCGGAGCCUGAUAUCAUUUGUCAUAUUUAAGGUGAUAGAGAGAAGCAGCUUGUUUCCAAACUGUUGUGGUGCAUUCAGGGGUUAUCCGACAUCGGAUAAGCCCUGUGUGGGAACCUCUGACGAUCAAUAAAGGGACAAAUCACACGGUCAAAAAGAGUUAAAAAAAAAGGGACUUGAAGUUGAGCGGGGAUUUGCUGACUUUGAACGUGGCCUGUGAAAUCGAGUCUGUCGGCUCCAGAGCAGACAGUUUCCAGGGUGACACAAAAAAUUUAAAAAAGAUUAGGACUUCAUCUCAUCGGGGUGAAAAGGGCCAAAUUAAAAUGCCUCUUAUCUCAUACAGAGAAUAACUCCACUUUCAGAUUGUCAUUGUUUGACUGAGGAGCCGACGGAUGGACGGACAGCUCAGAAUAAAAACACUUUGACUUUAUUCUUUGAUAAAAAGAAGCCCAAAUUCGAGAGUGAUUAUAACCAAAUUAGCUAAGUGACUGCAAUAUUUUAGAGUCCAUUUUGUUCGUGUGAGUGAAGGGGAUAAAAACGACAAUGAUGGUGGUGAGGAAGAUGAGCACUGCAAUGUAUCUCCGAUGAAGUCGAGCGAAGUUUCUAUCCACACUGUUGUAUACAAAUGCUGGUUUUGUAAUGCACUGUAGAAAAGUCCCAUGAUCCUUUUUUAUAGAAAUGUUAUUUCAAUUGUUGAUUCUUUUUUUGAUAAAUAAAGUUUUGA